CAAGGAAGUGUCAUGGUUGGCUACGAUCCUCCCCGUCGUUCAUCCACUGACCAUACAUUCAGCAGACAUGGCCACACCAUCGUCAUCCUCGUCGUCUGCUGCGGCUGCUGGACCUUCGUCGUCCACGCUGCCUCCUGUGCCAAGGGCCACGUCUGUCCUGGUCAUCGGCAUGGCAGGCUCUGGCAAGUCGACGUUCGCAGGCGCACUGUCCGACUAUGUAUCCCAGCAGGCCGCCCAGCAGCAACCAGCGGCGGCAGCUGAGGUCACAGAAGAAACACCGCAGUCAUCGCCAGCAUACAUUGUCAACUUGGACCCCGCAGUCAAUUCACUCAACUACGAACCAUCGGUGGACAUUAGGGACACCAUCGACUACAAGCGGGUCAUGGAAGAGUACAACCUGGGACCCAAUGGCGGAAUCUUGACCAGCCUCAACCUCUUCACAACAAAAUUCGACCAGGUAUUGGGCAUCUUGGAGAGGAGAGCAGCAGAAGUGGAUCAGAUCAUCCUCGACACGCCCGGUCAGAUCGAGAUCUUCACAUGGUCUGCAUCAGGCACCAUCAUCACAGACUCACUAGCAUCGGCCAUGCCCACUUGCGUAGCCUACGUGGUAGACACACCAAAGACGACGGCCCCAGCGACCUUUAUGAGCAACAUGCUCUACGCCUGCUCAAUCAUGUACAAGACCAAGCUACCCCUCAUCCUCGUCUUCAACAAGAUCGACAUGCAGACUCACGACUUUGCUCUAGAGUGGAUGUCCGACUUUGAGACGUUCCAAGCAGCACUCCAAAAGGGAAACGCAACAGACAACGUCGAUGUUGCGGGAAACUUGUCCGGAGCAAGGAAGAGUACAGGAGAUGGGAGUGGCAGUGGGAGCUACAUGAACAGUCUCAUGAACUCCAUGGCAUUGGUUCUUGAUGAGUUCUACAACAAUAUUAGGGCCGUCGGCGUCUCCUCGACGACCCACGAAGGCAUGUCCGAUGUCCUCUCUACCAUAUCCGCCGCCCGGCAAGAGUAUCUCACAGAGUACCGUCCGGAGCUAGAGCGUCUUCGCCAGUCUCGCGUGGAAAAGGAGAAUGCUCGCAAGAAGGAAGAGGUGCGGCGGAUGAUGAAGGACCUGCGGGUGGGUGGCAAAGGGGGAAACCCCGCCGGCGGCAGUGGUGGGUCAAGGGCAGAGGAUGAGGACAAGGAAGAUCCGAGAGUGACGGCCAUGAUGCGUGGAGAAGAGGACUACGACGGCAAUGGCACUCUUUUGGAUCCGGAUGAGGAGGAGUACAUGGGCCAAGGCGCUGCGCAGGGUCAAGCUGGACAGCCUGUACGGAGAGGCCCUGGUGCAACCGGCGGGAUCAGCAUUGAUGACGGGACGCAGUGGCCCCCUGCGGCGUAGACUGGAGGGGAGGCUGAGGAUGGCAGGCUGUACAUUGCAAUGCGUAUUUCAGAAGGCUGCAAGACAUGCACAAGGCGUGUAUGGAUGAGAUCGAGCCUGAAUCUCCAUGCGGCACUCUUACAACUUGCUCUCCCUCUGUCCUUCUUGCACAUUACUCGUACUACCAGUCGCAGCGCCUGCAGCAGCAGCCGCAUAAUCCCCCCACCCCUUCUCCUUUGCAAUCUCCAACACUCUAGCCCUUAGCAU